UUUAAUAUGAAUGAAAGUUUUAACGAUUAACCACCGCCCCCUCCAUUAAAAGAAUAAUACUUAGUACAUAAAAAUGCAAGAAAGUAAAAAUAUGACAAAGCUACAAUACUAAACUUUAAACUGUGUUGACCUUGUCUUUAAAUUGCAUUGAAUGCAAAAAAUGCUUUAACUGGACGGGGCUCAAUGACUAUUUUCAUUCUAAAUGCGUGUUUCACUGCAAACUCGAUAUUGACAUAGAGGUAUCCAUUUGACCUAAAUUUAAAUUUUGUUGCACGCUGUUGUUUGUUCGCGAAGUAAACUGUCUUCUUUGGUAUGAGUUUUUGAUCCGUGAUAAAACACAAAGAGUAAAAAAAAAAAAAAGAAUGAAAUAAAAUUUUACAAAUGCAACACAAUUUUAGUAGGUUGUCUAUUUAGGUAACAGAAUUCGACCCGAUUGUAAGAAUUUCGUUUUCUAUUGGCUGAAUAACAGUUGACAGUGAAAAAAAAUACGUUUCAAAUCGAUUUUUGUAAAUCCAACCUGCAUUAGUCAUGAUAGUCAUUUAAAGAUCUUGUUCCGUUGAUAUAAGAUUUUAAUGUCAUGUUUUACCCGCUGUUAAUGUCGUGGACGGUUUGUGCAGUCCGUGUUGAGACACUUUCAGUUUCGGACUUUUAUCCUUUUGGUGGGGACAAUGGUGAUACUGUAAUGGCUAAAAAUGAUGACGGAAACUCUCCUGAUAUUCCAGUAUCCACAAAAUUUCCUUUCUUCGAUAAGCCACAUAAUAAAUUAAUCGUGAGUACAAACGGUGCUAUCUCAUUCUUGACCCCAGUGUCACAAUAUACACCAGAUCCUUUUCCGCUGGAUGGGGACCGUAGACUUAUCACCCCCUACUGGGGGGACGUGGACACAAGAAAAGGAGGACAGGUAUGGUAUCGAGAAACUACAAAUUCAAGGAUAUUAGACCGGGCUUCCAAUGAAAUCAAGACAAAUUUCCCAGAGUUUAACCGUUUCCAUGCUGCUUGGGUGUUCAUAGCUACGUGGGAUAAAGUAGCUUUUUAUGGGUGCUCUAAUGGCGGCUGUUCAAAGAGAAAUACAUUUCAAGCUGUACUGAUAACAAAUGGGCAACAUGCCUUCGCCAUAUUUAAUUAUGCGAACAUUCAAUGGACAACUGGAACAGCAAGCGAAGGAAAUGCAAAUACUGGACUCGGGGGAAAACCUGCACAGGUUGGUUUUAAUGCCGGUGACGGGAAAGUAUAUUAUGUAGUGAACGGGUCACGUACAGCAGACAUUGUCAACAUAAACAGUAAAUCCAACGUAGAUAUACCUGGAAAGUUCGUCUUCAGAAUAGAUUCGUCAAAAAUUGGAGGAGGAGGGUGUAACACAGAAGGCAAUGUAAUCAUAACACCCAGGAGCGGUCCUAUGUUUGGGGGUCAGCACCUGACAUUUAGUGGACCUUGUGUUGACCAGUACAGCUCCUUCAAAGUCAAGUUUCCUGGCAUUCGGUGGGUUUUAGAGUGUGAGAUUAAGUCGCAGUACAGCUUUGUCUGCAUCACUCCUAUGUUUGACAGCGACGGCGAUCUUUCCGUGCUCAUAUAUUUAAGCAAUCGGACCACAACCCACUCGUUUGAAGGAACGUUUUUUGUUUUAAAUCCUGCAUUUAGCAAAGUUCUUGUGAAUCGAGUUAAUCCCGACAUCUGGGGAAAUGGUGAACACAGUAUAUCUUGGGAUGAAAAAGAGGCAGAGCUUGAGAACAGUAGCUCCGUGGAUCUCCACUUAUUCACUCUUCAGCUAAGAAAUGGAGGUUUGAAGUUUGAGAGCUUUAUUGCAAAAAAGAAUAUUUCUAAAUCUGAGUGCAUGACAACUUUCAGUUUGAAUGUGACACAACAUGUCGCUUUACUGCGAGUUACCUCUCGUGUAGAGACUAUGAUUAAAAUGCCACCGAGAGGAAUUUGGUCUGACGUUUUUCCAAUAUCCAAAUCUAAAGAUGAAGCAAUUCAAGCAUGUCAGAGCUGGAUAAAGAGCGAGACUAAAUCACUUUCUACAGACUUUGAUGUCGGACCUUGUCCCUGCACAAUCCAGCAGGCCGUGUUGGACAUUGUAAAAUAUCAACCCGAUCCUGAUUGUAACAGGUUCCAAAUUAAAUCAAAGCAAACUGUCAACUGUCGCUACAGACGAGAUGCCAGACAUUGUGUAAGACUUUCUGGACCAAGCGAAACUGGAAUGGACAAUGUUUGCUGCUUUAAUGCCAAGGGAAACCUCAUUGAUUCAAGAGUCCAGGAAGGCGGUACACUGCAGCGAUUUCACUAUCUUGGAAAGAAACCUGAAAACGUUCCAUAUAUUACAAACUUUUAUCACGACGUGGUGCCUUUUUUGCAAUGCUGUCGAUUUUCACAGAUGCAAUCAGACAUCAAUCAAGAGAAUACCACGUACAAUCUCUGCCAAGACUUUCUGAAAAUACGGAAAUACAGCUCCUGUCAAAAUUAUGAACCUCCUAGGCCAGCUAGAACCAGCGGUGACCCUCAUCUGAGUACCCUUGAUGGAUACAGUUAUACAUUUAAUGGAGCUGGAGAGUUUGUGUACAUAUACACAGAGGAUGACUUGUUCAAAAGCCAGAUACGCUUCGAACAGUUUCAGAAGGAGGAUGGAAGUCUAGUGCAAGCUACUGUAGCGACAGCCUUAGUGAUGGAACACAUCAACAGUUCUGAUCGAAUAGAAGUUCGACUAAACCCGAUUCGAACAGCUGAUGUUCUUAGAAAUGGACAACUUUUAGAUUUUGAGGAAUCUAACUGGAUGAAUUUAAAAGGUGUAACAGUCAUAUUACUUCCUGUCGAGGAUAAUAGUACAGACAAAUCAAUAAUGGUAAUGUUUAAAGACAUAAAAAUUGCGUUUAACAUUCAAGCAUCGAAGAAAAUAUUAAACAUCUCUCCAGUAGUUCAAGGGGAUCAACUUAAAGGAAAGCUAAAAGGUUUACUUGGGAAUUCUGAUGGAAAUGCCUCAAAUGAUCUACUUUCUUCUACUCAACAACAACUACCAGAAAAUGCGACCGAUGUGUUGAUCUUCAAUCAAUUCGGAAUGUCGUGGGUCAUCAAUGAGACAGAGUCCCUGUUCACGUAUGAACCUGGAAAGAGUUUUGCUGACUAUCACCAGCCAUCAUUUCGUCCUGUAUUUGAAUCCUCAGUAACAGUUACAGAGGAGGUGAGGGCGGUCUGCGGAGAGGACAAAGAAUGUAUCUUUGAUUUCUCUGUCACAGGAUCACGUGACGUAGCGGAGCAAUCUCUGACAUUCCAGAAACAGUUUCAGGAAUCUCAGGAGGCAGCAUUGAUAGUUUUGACUUGUAGUGAUUUGCCAACAAUUCCUGGUGGUGUAUGGGAAUCAACCAAUGGAAAUCUAGAAAACUCUUCUGCAGUAUUUGUAUGCAGAAAUGGAUAUAUGGUAUAUAGAAGUACAAAUAAUGUUACAUGCAGGAAUGGACAUUGGGAACCUAAUGAAAACCCGUCUUGUAUAAAAUAUGGCACAGAUCUUUAUACAAGGAACACUUCUACUCCCAUCUAUUCAACCUCAUCAGAUUUACCUGUUUACAUUGGAGUUGGAGUCGGGAUUCUUUUUAUCAUUAUCUUUAUAUUGAUUUUGGUCAUCUUAAUACGAAAAAGACAGAGGUCUGGUGGAUUCAAUAUCUUUUCGAGGGCUUCAAAUUUAACCCCAACGGAAGACACAGAUGAUCGCAGUACGGAGUUAUCUCCUCUUAAAACUGAGAAAAUUGUACCUUCUGAGUCUCCAUCUAAAAUUGUUUGACUUAUAAUUCUUCAUUGAAAUCUGCAGAAUCAUAUUUUAUAAUUCUAUUUUUGUACACCGUGCCAUGGUAUAAACAUCAAAUAUUCAUCUUUGAAUUAUUAUGAGAUAUUUUACCCGUGUUGUGUUCGUUAUGUUGCCAUAUUGUUAAUGUAAAAAAUUAGCAAAAUAACAAAUACUUGUCUGCAAUGUAUAAAACUGAUAAUUUAAUAUUUUUUCCAAUCAAAUUUAAUUGUAUAUAUACCGUUGUAUGCUUGCAUAUUUUGAACAUGAAGAAAUAAAUACUUGC